AUGCACUUAAAGCGGCGCUUUGAUAAUCGCUCAAGGCAUAGAAUAGUGGGCACCAACCACACCUUGGAGCAUCAACACACAUGGAGGCACCAACCACACCUUGGAGCAUCAACACACCUGGAGGCACCAACCACACCUUGGAGCAUCAACACACCUGGAGGCACCAACCACACCUUGCAUCAACACACCUGGGGGCACCAACCACACCUGGAGGCACCUACCACACUUGGAGCAUCAACACACCUGGAGGCACCAACCACACCUUGGAGCAUCAACACACCUGGAGGCACCAACCACACCUUGGAGCAUCAACACACCUGGGGGCACCAACCACACCUGGAGGCACCUACCACACCUGGAGGCACCAACCACACCUGGGGCACCUACCAUACCUGGGGCACCUACCACACCUGGGGGCACCAACCACACCUGGGGGCACCAACCACACCUGGGGGCCCUAACCACACCUGGGGCACCAACCACACCUGGGGGCACCAACCACACCUGGAGUCACAAACCACACCUGGGGCACCAACCACACCUGGGGGCACCAGCCACAACUGGGGCCUGCACGGGCAAUUGUUUCAAAAAGUUGAACAUAUAAUUUCCAUAGAUAAUAUUUACUGUCCACCAUGA